AUGCGAGACCACAAGGAGAUGGAAUUCUUAAGACUGGUACAAGGAAAUAUGGAACUUUUUGAGUAUGAGAGCAAAUUCAAGGAAUUGUCCCGAUAUACCCUACAUCUUGUAAGUACAGAGUUCAUGAAGGCAAAAUAUUACGAGAAGGGCCUGCGUCCAAAGAUCAGGCAGAUCGUGAGUUCACAUGAUCUCACCAAUUUUCAAGCGGUGGUAAAGAAAGUUCAAAUAGUGACUUACUCGGGGGUGAAGUUGGUAAAUCAAGGACAACGUAAACACUUGGGGAAAAGGAAGUGGCAGGACAAGAAUAGGAAUACGGGACAGUUUAAGAAGCAGAUGCAUGCGGGCCAGUCAAACAAUCUUUGUGGUCAACCCAGCCAUGUGGCUUCUUUGUGCCCAUCAAUUAAGAAAUCUGAACAAGAGAAAAAGGGAAAAGCAAGGGUGUUUGCUUUGACUCACGAUGAGGAUACGAAAAAUUCUAACGUGAUUGCAGGUAUUUUAUCUGUCUCUAAUAUUCCUGUUAACGUCCUGAUUGAUUCUGGUGCAACAAAUUCGUUCAUAUCUAAUGCAUGUCUAGCUAAGAUUAAUGCUUUAUGUCAGAAGAAUGCUAGUGUAUUUGAGGUGAGUAUGCCAUCAGGUGGAACUAUUGAUGUGGAUAGGAUAGCAAAAGGGGUACAGAUAGAUUUUGAUGGACUGACUUUAGAGGCUGAAUUGUAUGUUAUAGAUAUGAAAGAUUUUGAUAUUAUUUUAGGUAUGAACUAG